CCCUGCCCCAGGCCACCACAUUUAAUCACUCUAUUCUCCUGUCUCUUGAGGUGUUUGGCCUUGGGGACUGAGAGGCUGCAGGGCUCUAUUUCGGAUCAGUAGAUCGGGGCAGUUGGGCUCCAGGGCUCCCUGCUAGGAGGACUUGGACACACAUUUGGCUCCUCUGUUGCCAAGGCCACAACCGUAUCCCUGAAAACUGGUGGUUUGAGGUCAGUGUCCAUGUGGGUCUGGACUCCCCCCAUCCCCACAACCAGGCUGAGCCCCAGGGAGAGAGGGCAGGCAGAGGUCAGGAGUUGCCCACCUUCAGGAGACCCUCUUCCCUGGCUCUGUCAGGUGUCAGUUACCUCUCGAUGCCCAGGUACCUCCUCCCAGGUGUGCUGUGGGAAUCUCAGGCUGGGCGGGUUACCAGGGAGGUGGUUGCAGGCUCUCUGGAAGCCCGAAGCAGGCCAAGGCCGUGGGCACUUGUGGCAGGCAUGCCCACACAGCCCUAAUCCCCAGGGCAGCUGGUGCCAAAGGCCUGGAGGCUUGUGGAUGCCUGGGAGCACGCACUGCCUUGCUGGGUGACUUUAGUCAUGUCACUGUCUUCUUGGGCCCUCAUAUUCCUGUGUAGAAUGAGAGGGGAUGAGUUAAAUGCUGGGGGUCUUUCCAGAAUUCUGCACCUCUGCCCAACUCUGGAAGCCCUGGCAGCCUCUGCUUGGUGUCAGAGCCCUGCUCUGCUUUCCCCGUGCCAAGGAGGGCAGCCACGGGUGUCCAGGGGUGUGUGGAGGGCAGGGAAGAGAUGCCAUCACCAGUUCCCUGUCCUUCUUGGUGUCUGCCUCUGCUCUCCCCCAGGCCCAAGUCCAGAGCUGCUCCGAAUGGGAUCUUCAGGCAGGGAGCUGUGGUCCCUGGCUUCCGAAGCAACAUCACAGCCCAAGGCGGCCCGCUCAGCCCCUGGGGCGCCUGCAGAGGCCAGCUGUGGGCAGCGCCUGCGACAUGGCCAGCUCUGCCUCCAUGGAGCCUGAGAGCCUGACGCUGGUAGCGGCCUCAGCAGAGCCUGCUGGGGCCAGGAGCCUCACAUGCCCGGUGCCAACUCCUCAAAGUUUGGAACAGGGACCCCCAGGCUGGGCCUGCCCUCAUCUCCCAUACGCAGCCCCAGAGGUCUCUCUGAGGCCGGGGCCACCUGGCAACCUGGAAGACAGGCCCCUGGGGCCCCGCCCACAAUCCUUCCCCAGGGCAGAGGGGGCAAAGGGCGAGCCUGCCACCCCAGCCCUGCCAGAGCCAGUCCAGCCCCUCCCCACGCAGCCUUCUGCUGGAAGGACCCGCUACCGCUACGGCAUUGCUGUCACCCUGCAGGGGCGCGGGCAGGCACCUGUGGAGAAAGGUGAGGAGCCCAAACCGGCCCAACCAGCUCCCCACCCCUGCGGCCCUGAGGAAUCCAGGGGCUGGCAGGAGCCUCUUCAGGGGCCCCGCCCCAUCACGGGGUGUGCGACCGACCCACCCCAGGAGCCCCGGCCAAGAAACCAACCGCAUCAGGGGAGCGCGGCCCAGCGGCAGGAGCUCCGGGCAGGCCGGGCAUCUGGAUCCCCACGGAGGCGGGAGCUGGACCACAGGGAGACAAGGACGCCUCGGGACAGGUUGCCGGGGCCCAGCAUGGAGGAGGCAGGUGGGCCCCCGGCGCGGGCGGAGGCCCGAGUGGUGAGUGCCACACUGACGUGGCGGCAGCGCCCUCCUGCCCGGGAAGAGGUCAGACACAAAUUUCACAAGGUGUCUCUGGUAUCGGGGGCCCGGACGGAAGCCUGCUGGGGGGAGGCGUUCGAGUACAGCCACCAUGGAGAGGAAGUCAAUGGCUUUGCUACACGGGAAGAAGAGACUGUGGAUUACCCGGGCCCCCGAGAAGGGGCCGGUUCCAAUAGUUUUCAGAGCCACGGGCCUAUCUUUUCCAAGAAAUACACACCACCCCCCAAGGGGAAGAGGCCGGUGGGGAAGCUGAAGGAGGCUGGGGACCAGGGAGAUGGCGGCCCCCAGGUUGCCAGGACUGAGCUGCCAGGCCCUGGAGCCGCGGCCAGGACUGAGUUCUUGGUGCCCAUGGGUGGGCCCCGUGAGCCGAGCCCCCACCCGGGGGUGGGCCUAGCCAGUGAGAGUCUCCAGGGCCACGAGGAACGGCGGGUGACACACACCAUGCGGACCAUCACGGUGGUGGGAGGGCGUGUGGACCGCCGGGUGAAGAGCUGUGUGAGUGUGAGGCCGGUGCUGGCCAGCGAGGCCCUGCCCAGGGGCCGCAACACUGCCCGCUCGGUCCGGGCAGUGGUGGUGAGCCCGCGGGCUGACGGCUCACCCAGCCGCAGCCAGGCCCUAGAGCUGCUAAGUAGCCUCGUGCCUCCUGAGCACAGCCCACCUGCCAGUGGGAUUCCCGGGCCCCCAGCCAUCGUGGCAAGGAGCCCAGGCCUGGGUGGCCCAGGAGGGACAGGCCUGGGGCAGCUACCUGAGACUGGGGUGGCAGAGCCAAAGGACAGAUCUGCCCUGGCCCCUGCAGGCAUCCAAGGGGGUGCUCACCCACCUCAGAUCCAGGACGUCCCUACAGUGCCCCCGGAUCAAGACCAGGGCAGAGCCCCGGAUGUCAGGGCCCCUGCGGCCCCCAGGGUGCAGGGAGCCUCCAGCCCCAGUCGGCUCCUUCUCCAGACUUCUCAGGGCCAUGCACCAGUCCCCUCCUCCCCCAGACUCCAGACCCACACUCCAUCCCUGGGCCUCGUCCACCCCCCAGAGCAGCCUGUGGUGUCCACUCACCCCAGGGCCCGGCUCACUCUCAAGCCCAAGCGACCCCCUGCCCUGCCCCCUGUAAAAACAGAAGGAAUCACAGAUCCGCCGGCUGCCGCCAUCUUGCCCAUGCUGGGUGAGGCUGUCAUGGGCUCAGAACAACCUCCUACUCCACUUUCUACAAAAAGAAAGGUUGAUCCCAGCUCAGCAAGUCUUUCUUCUCCAUCUUCUCCAAGGAAUAAGGUUGCCCAGGACUCUGAAACUGUCCCUAUCUUCUCCCCUACCCAGAAAGAAAGAGUACAGGGCCCUGAUGUUCCUUCUGCCUCAUCCCCCAAACCAGUGAAGGUUGUCCAGGGCCCAGAAGGCAGCCCCAGUUCACCCCCCACCCCAAAAGAGUUGGUUCUGGGUAAUGAAGGCUGCCUUGCCCCUUUCCUCACCAAGGAAGAGGUUGUCCAAGAGCCAACUGCCCCUGCUGCCCCAUCUCCCAAACAGGAUAAGGUUAUCCAGGGCUCUGAAGGCACCUCCACCUUGUCUCCCACCCAAAAAGAGGUUGUCCAGGGCUCUGGUGCUUCUGCUGCCCCAUUUUCUACCCAGAAGGCAGUUGUUCAGGGUCCUGCCUCCCUCCCUGCCCCAUUCUCCUCAGUAGACAAAAUGUCCCCCAGCCCAGGACACCCCCCUGCCCCAGUGCCACUGGGAACAGACACCAACCUGGAGACCCAGCUUGUCCCCAACUCCACCAAUGGCAAGAUGCUUCUAGAGAUGUCAAGGGAGGAGGAUGAAGUGGCCCUGAGUGCUGACCUGGAGAUUUUCCUGGAUACCCUGCGGAGCAUGGAGCCCCCUGAGAUCCUCCGCACUCACCGGUUGCCACGGGCCCCCCGCUCCUCCUACCUGGCCAUGUACGCCACGCUGCCCGCCAUUGAGGAGGACCAGCCUGGACCGUGGGUGCUGGGACCCAGCCCCCAGGGGGUGCCAGUGCUGGAAGAGGAGAAGGAAGAUGACGAUGAACCAGAGAACCCCUACCUGAGCGACGAUGAGAAGCUCCAGCGCAGGCAGGACAAAGCUGGGCCCGGCCCCUCCUGGGACUACCACCCUGCCAGGCCCCCCCAGGACUUCUCCUCCCCUCUGGAGAUGAUGAAGAAGCACAUGGCAGGUGCCAAGAGCCCCUACCCGGAGCUGGAGUUGGAGAGGCAGGCAGGCGGCAGGCCCACGUCUCGUCUCGAAGGCAGCUUUCUCUUUGGCAGUCUGGUCCCUUCUACCAAGGAGACCUCCACCCCAGAACCACUGGGCACAAAACUAUCUGCUCUGCUGCCCCACAGGGCACCGGAGCUCAGGAAGGUGCCGGGACAGUUGCCUCUGCUCUGCAGCGAUCGGCCACUGCCGGAGAAGUCUGUCCGAGCGCGACCCCCAGAGGGGUGGAGCCCAGCACUGAAAUUCCAGAGCAAGCUGAACACCAGGCCUGGGAAGAUGAUCCUCUUCUCGGAGCCUGGCUGCCAGGGUGGCAGCAGGGAGGUCUGGGGUGACGUUGCUGAUGCCUCGGGCUGGGCCCUCGUGGCCUCUAUCAGGGUGGUGAGAGGCUGCUGGGUGCUGUACGAAGAGCCAGAUUUCCAGGGCCAGAAGCUGGUCAUGCCGGAAGGAGACAUGGAACUCCAGGCCCCGGGAUCCGCAUGGGGCGCCAAAGGCAUCGGCUCCCUGAGGAGGGUGGUCCGGGACUAUAGCACCCCGGAGAUCAGCCUCUUCUCUGAAGAGAACCUCACGGGGGAGCAGGUGAAGCUAACGGAGGCCUUGGAGGACCCCCAGAGCCUGGGCAGGCCCCUGCAGGUGGCAUCAGUCACUGUCUCCGCAGGACUGUGGCUGCUGUACCCCAAACCCUUCUUUGAGGACACCCCUUGCAUCUUGGAGCCUGGAGAGUACCCAACAUUGGAGGCCUGGGGGACUUCAGAUCCCAGCGUGGGCUCUCUGAAGCCUGUGAGAUUGGGCUGCCCAAGCGUGGAGAAGCCAGGGGAGCCCAAGGCUGUGGUGUAUGAGGCCCCAGGCUUCCAGGGCCAGAGCUGGGAAGUAAGCAGAGACAUCUACGACCUGCGGCAGCCAGAGGACAGCCAGAGCCCCCACUUGGCCUCUGUGGGGUCCCUGCGGGUCCUGGGGGGCUGUUGGGUGGCCUAUGAGAAGGAGGGCUUCCGGGGCCACCAGUACCUGCUGGAGGAGGGGGAAUAUGAUGACUGGUCCCACUGGGGAGGCUAUGACCAGGCACUGACCUCUCUGCGGGUCAUCCGAACGGACUUCGGGGACCCGGCCGUGGUGCUGUUUGAGGCCAUGGACUUCCAGGGGCCGAGCGUGGAGGUGAGCGAGGCGUUGCCCGACGUGGAGCUGGCAGGACACGGCCCCAGCACUCAAGCCAUCCACGUGCUUAGCGGCGUGUGGGUGGCCUACGAAGCGGUGGGCUUCUCCGGGGAGCAGUACGUCCUGGAGAAGGGCGUUUACCGCAACUGCGAAGACUGGGGCGCGGGCAACAGCGCCCUCGCCUCGCUGCAGCCGGUCCUGCAGGUCGGGGAGCACAAUCUGCACUUUGUCUCAAAGAUUCAGCUUUUCUCUGGCCCCGACUUCCUGGGCGACCACUUCUCCUUCGAGGAUGACCAGGCCUCUCUGCCCGCCUCCUUCCAGCCCCAUUCGUGCCGGGUCCACGGCGGCAGCUGGAUCCUGUUUGAUGAGAAGGACUUCAAGGGUGACCAGCACAUUCUCUCCGAGGGCGAAUUCCCCACUCUCACGGCCAUGGGCUGCCUAGCCUCCACGGUUCUGGGCUCUCUCCAGAAGGUUCCCCUGCACUUUUCAGAGCCCUCCAUUUUCCUGUAUGGCCUGGAAUGCUUCGAGGGGAAGGAGAUUGAACUGAACCGGGAGGUGCGGAGCCUGCAAGCCGAGGGCUUCAGCAACCACGUGCUGUCCGUGCAGAUCAAGGGGGGCGUCUGGGUGCUGUGUGAGCACAGUGACUUCCGGGGCCGCCACUGGCUGCUGGGCAGCUGUGAGAUCACCAACUGGCUGACGUACAGCGGGACCCAGAGGGUGGGUUCUCUCUACCCCAUCAAGCAGCGCCGGGCUUAUUUCCGCCUCUGGAAUGCAGCACUGGGGGGAUUCCUGGCAGUGCCAGACCAUGUGGAGGACAUGAAGGCAGGCCAUGUGGUGGUCUCCGAGCCCCGAGCUGGAGGCAGCUGCAUCUGGUACUACGAGGAUGGGCUGCUCAAGAACCAGGUGGCCCCGACCAUGAGCCUGCAGGUGAUUGGGCCCCCCAGCACUGGCUCCAAGGUGGUGCUCUGGGCUGAGAGCCGCCUGCCCCGCCAGAAGUGGAGCAUCAAUGAAUCAGGCCACGUCUGCAGCCAGAUGUUCGAAAACUGGAUCCUGGAUGUGAAGGGUGGCCGGGGCUACGACCGGGACCACGUGGUGCUGUGGGAGCUGGCCACGGACAGGGCCUCCCAGAUCUGGACCGUUCAGGUGCUUUGAACUCCACCCAUCCGCCCUCCCCAGCUCUGGAGACUUUUGCUGGGAUGAAAUGUUUUUACAGGUUGUUUUUGUUGUAACAUAGGCUUUCUA